AUGGCGAUCUCCUGGUCUCUCUUGCUUAUUCUGCGGUCCUUAGUGCAGAAGCAGCAGAGCGGGAGAUGUGUUGGGUACCGGCACUGGGUCGCCGCUCUUGCCCCUCCGCCCGCCGUCCCUGGGAGGCCCCUUUGGAAAGCCUAUGCAGUUCAGACAUCCGAGAGUAUGCCUCUAACUGCUGUGACAGAGGCUUAUUCAAAAGCUUUGGCUGUUUGCCAUGGACCUUUGGACCACUAUGAUUUUCUGAUCAAAGCUCAUGAGCUAAAGGAUGAUGAACAUCAAAGAAGAGUCGUGCAGUCUUUGCAGAAAUUACAUGAGGACCUUAAAGGAUACAGUAUACAGGCAGAGGGUCUUUUUACAAAGCUUUUUUCAAGGAGGAAGCCUCCAAGAGGAUUGUAUGUUUAUGGAGAUGUUGGUACGGGAAAAACAAUGGUGAUGGACAUGUUUUAUGCUUAUGUGGAAGCGAAGAGGAAAAAAAGGGUUCAUUUUCAUGGUUUCAUGCUAGAUGUACACAGAAGAAUACACCGCCUUAAACAGAGCUUGCCAAAAAGGAAACCAGGAUUUAUGGCUAAAUCCUAUGACCCAAUAGCUCCUAUAGCUGAAGAAAUUAGUGAAGAAGCUUCUCUCUUAUGUUUUGAUGAAUUUCAGGUCACUGACAUUGCUGAUGCUAUGAUUCUGAAACAGCUUUUUGAAAAUCUGUUCAAAAACGGAGUCGUCGUUGUGGCAACAUCCAACAGGCCACCGGAAGAUCUCUAUAAAAAUGGACUCCAAAGAGCCAACUUUGUGCCAUUCAUAGCUGUCCUAAAGGAAUAUUGUAAUACGGUCCAGCUAGAUUCUGGGAUAGAUUACCGGAAAAGGACUCUUCCUGCUGCAGGAAAACUCUAUUACCUCACAAGUGAAGCUGAUGUGGAGGCUGUCAUGGAUAAGUUGUUUGAUGAGCUGGCUCAGAAACAAAAUGAUUUAACUAGACCAAGGAUUCUAAAAGUGCAAGGCAGAGAGCUGCGGCUGAAUAAAGCCUGUGGAACCGUUGCCGACUGCACAUUUGAAGAGCUGUGUGAGAGACCACUUGGAGCCAGUGACUAUUUGGAACUAUCAAGGAAUUUUGAUACAGUAUUUUUACGAAACAUUCCACAAUUUACCCUGGCAAAGAGGACACAAGCUCGCAGAUUCAUAACUCUCAUUGAUAACUUCUAUGAUCUCAAGGACUCAGCGGAAGGACUUUCCAUGUUCACUGGCGAGGAAGAAAUCUUUGCAUUUCAGCGCACGAUUUCCCGACUCACAGAAAUGCAGACUGAGCAGUACUGGAAUGAAGGGGACAGAGGCCGAAAGUAA